AUGGCAUGGAUGCUGACGAAGCCGACGAAAAAGAUAACGAUGGUAAAGCUGUAGAAGUUGAUGUAGAAAAUAAUGAACAACAAAAAUCUGAUAUGGACUAUAGUAAUGGAAUAAGUACCGAUAAAGAUGAAAGCGAAUUCAUGUGGUCUUCGAAAUCUGCCGAAAAUGAACGCCCAGUGCUAAGGAUUAAGCUACACAAAGCAAAUAAAAUUGGCGAUGUUGAUGGAAUAGACAGUGCUGUUGGGAAAAAAAAACAUGAGGCAUGA